CUCCUAGCCCCGGAAUGGGAUUUUGGGAUUCGAUAGAAAGUACGGCGGGAAGGCAGGAGGGUGUCGCCAGCAAGCGCCUCCCCGUCUUAUCUUGUCCUCCGCUAGGGUUCGAAGUAGAAUUGGGGAUGGAGAACUCGCUCAGGUAUGAUCGUGAUUCCAAAUCCCUUCGGAUACAUGCCAAGGAGAAGAUUCCCCUCGCCUCGAAAACCCUAUUGCAGUUAUCUUGGCAGGUCCAUGGAGAAUUAGACACCGGGACUGGGACCCCUAGUUAUCUUGCCCUAAUUGUUCGACAUUUCUAUCCUGAGUUAUCAGCCAGCAUGGGUUUUGGCAUUCAGCUCAACAAAGAUGAAAAACCCAGUUAUAGCCUUCGAGGAAAGAAGGCAUUUCCAGUCACAGCCAGUGGUCUAGUGGGGAUAAACUUGAAGGGAAGGUUCCAUUUCGACAAAGAAUAUAAGGAGGCAAGGGGAGCAGUUGAAUUGGCAUGGAGUGUAUUGAAUUUCCAAAAGGAUCAAGAUGUGAGGAUUAAAAUAGGAUUUGAUAUCUGUGACCAGGUGCCAUAUUUCCAGAUCCGGGAAAAUAAUUGGACUCUUAAUGCAGACAUCAAUGGUAAAUGGAAUGUGCGAUUUGAUUUGUAAUCCUUUCUCUUCAUCCUUUCUCUUCAUCACAUUUGAGAAAACAAACAGAUCUCAUCAUUCAGAUAGUCAUUUUUGUGUCGAGAUGUCCAAAGCAGAUAGUUGUUGAGAUGUCCGAUUCUGUACUUUGUAGUUCAAACUGUGACUGGUCAAUAACAUAAAUCUCAGAAUCGAUUAGUUUAA